UACAUGUACUCUCUGCACAUUCAACUUCCAUUUGAACACUCAAAAAGCUCAAGUUUCUGUAGCUAUAUUAUUAUAUUGAUACACAUACACAUAUGGUGUCUGUAUAUCCAACACCACCGGGUCAAGAUUUCCACUACAUGGGGGAUCCGAUGAAAACGGGUCUUAUGGGUUUGCAUCCCCUACAAUCGGGUACUAAUGGAGCGGCGGAUAUACAUCCGGGUUUGGUGGGGUCCGAUGAUCAUAACAAGAAGACACGGAAGCCCUAUACGAUUACUAAAUCUAGGGAGAGCUGGACUGAGCAGGAGCAUGACAAAUUUCUUGAAGCUCUUCAACUGUUCGACCGUGAUUGGAAAAAGAUUGAAGCAUUUGUUGGGUCGAAGACUGUUAUCCAGAUACGUAGCCAUGCACAGAAAUACUUUCUGAAGGUCCAGAAGAGUGGAACAAGUGAACAUGUACCUCCCCCACGCCCAAAGAGAAAAGCAUCUCAUCCUUAUCCACAAAAAGCUCCUAAAAAGGUUAUGUCCCAAGUUGGCAGCAUUCAAUUUCAAACUCCUGGAGCUUUGCCUGAACCAGGAUUUGGUAUCGGGCCUGAUCCUUUAUCAGUGCCUGGAAAUACAAUUAAUUUUUCUCCCUGGACUUACGACAAUGUGCCUGCUAUCAGCACGACACAGAUGAGAAAAGAUGACGCACAAUUAUCCAGUCGAGUCGUCAUGCAAAAUUGCAGCAGCAAUAGUAAUGAAAGCAUGCCUAGAAUUUGUCAGACUAAAGAGGGCAAUGACCAAAAGGAGAGCCGGACGCAAAUGAAAGUUAUGCCAGACUUUGCUCAAGUUUACAGCUUCAUUGGCAGUGUCUUUGAUCCAAGUACGAGGGACCACUUACAGAGACUAAAAAAAAUGGACCCCAUAGAUAUUCAGACGGCACUGAUGUUGAUGAAGAAUCUAUCCUCCAAUUUAUCGAGCCCUGAAUUUGAGGAUCAUAGGAGAUUGCUUUCAUCAUAUGGCUUGGGCGCUGAAAAAGCUAAAACGGACCUUUCUGUAAAAACUGAUUUUAGAGGGAAUGCAAUCCAAGCUAUCUAGGAAGCUGGAGGAAGGUUCAGAUGAUUCGUGGUCAUUGCAUAUGGCUGGUGGAGACAAUGGUACGAAGAGAACCGUAUAAUGAAAAGUUGUGCGGCUUGUGUAUCUAGUAUGUUCAUAUGCUUCGAACUUGCAAGUUGCUCGUAGCAUUGCCAUCUGUAUAUAUUGUUGGGAGAACAAUGCGGGAGUAGUGUUUGCUUUGAGAGGUUGUAUGUACUUGUCGAGAGUAGAUUUGUGUAGGGCUUCAGCUGUAUUAUAGGUAGAUUAUGUAGUGCUUGUGUUGUAUGUUAUGGAGGGCUGUGCCCCUCAUUGGUUUUGUCCUACAAGCGUGCAAUGAGUCGGACACUUUGUAGCAGUGUGUUUGGCAUACUGUUUGAGAUGUUGAGAGAUGCUUUUGUGGUUUUGAGUAAAUGGAUCAAUGACCUGAUUGUUAAACAUUCUGUGUAGAUGGAAAGGAAGCAAAAGGCCUAAAAGUGUUAUAAUGCUUCAGUACAGAGAAAACAUAUCCCAGUUAGGGAGAUAUCAAUGCAUCUUAGUUACAACCA